GUCCCUGGACGGGCUCCCGAGAGGCGGAAGAACUACGGGCUCACCGCGGGUCGCUAUGGAGACGAUUCCUCCGGCUCUUCUCCCGGCCAACAUGCUGGCCGUCCUGUCGGUGCUGCUCUUGUACCCGUAUAACCCGGUCAGUGGCGUUUUCCAGAGGCUUUACUGCAGCUUGUCGGACAGCUGCGAGUGCGACUUCAAGCCGAACAUCAGAGACCUCGAGUGGGACCUCUACAAGAACGUGUUCGGGCAACCUCUGGCCCAGGACAUCGUGUCAGAGGAGGUAGCCAGGUUCCUACAAAAUAAAAGCCCGGAUCGACCCCUGGUGCUGUCCUUCCAUGGCUCCUCCGGGACGGGGAAGACGCUGGUCAGCUCCAUGUUGGGAAAGUAUCUGUUUGGCUCGGCCAUGAGCAGCCCUUACGUCCACCAGUUCAUCCCCACGCUGCACUUCCCCCGUCCCGACCGGGUGCAGGAGUACAGGGAGGAGCUGAAGAGUUGGGUGAAGGGAAACCUGACGGAGUGCGCUCGCUCCGUCUUCCUGUUCGAUGAGAUGGAGAAGAUGCCUCCGGGACUCAUCGACGUCCUGGAGCCCUUCCUGGGUCCCUCACACGUGGUGUUUCGCACCAACUACCGCAAGGCCAUCUACGUCUUCAUCGGCACCUCCGGAGAGGAGGUGAUCAACAGAAAGGCUCUGGAGAGCCGGCAGGCUGGUCGGGACCGAGAGGAGAUCACGUGGGCCGACUUACAGGACGACAUCGCGCAGGCGAUCUACAACAGCACGACUAGCGGAUUCUUCCGGUCCUCCGUGGUGCUCCAGCGGCUCGUCGGGCGCUUCGUGCCCUUCCUGCCGCUCAGCCGGCGCCACGUGGAGCGCUGCGUCCGCGCGCAGCUCUGCCAGCGCGGCAGCUGCGGCCGCGGCGACGUGGUGGAGGCGGUGGCCGGCGGAAUGACCUACGCCCCCGUCCCGGGACACUACUUCUCCACCGCCGGCUGCAAGGCCGUCCCCGCCAAAAUAAACUUCUUCCUGUGAGGCCGGGCAAGAGAAGUCGUUCAGAGAAGACGGAGAGCGAGUGAGGGGGUUUCGGGGGGGGGGGGCCUCGGCCAAUCCAACUUGCAGCUUUGUUCAGCGGCCGGUUCCCUGAAGGCAUCGUCGGUCACGUGACCCUCCACCACGACUCCUCCUUCAACUUAUGAGAGGCGGUGCUUUCACCUUUCAGUAUUUAUAGACCUCCACCCGCUUUUACUCUGAUGGGGUUCCACUGGUCUGCUCCCAGUACUCCCACAGACUGAGGCAGGAAGGCGGGGCAAGGAGCGGCGCCGCCUCCUUUUGAUUGGGCGUUCGACUAAAAGGGAUUGACACUUAUUUUAUUUUUUAGGUUUUUGUUGAUUUUAAUACAUCUGAAUGUUUUAAUUUGUGGAAAAAAAAGACCAUUAAGAAGAAUAUUUGCUGAGUGAAUCAGUUUAAUUCCCAUUUCAUAAGAAAUGUGUUUUUGAGCUGAACAGCAAGUCACUCAACUCACUCAAGAAAUAUCAUCAUCGUCGUCAUGGCAAUAAACCAAAUGAAUGAAUGUAGUUUAACAAUAUACACUAAUUAACAUGGACACAUUUCUCAUUAAAAUAUCAGCUUUGUACUGAACUACUUGCAUUUGAACAAAAAGAAGAGUGUUUUUGUGAGGAAGAAUUCUGCAGCAGAAGAUGAAUUUGACUCGUCCGUCCUCAGUGUCGUCCAGCGCAGACUCAUCUCUGCCAGCAGGGGGCACUAUCGACUCAGAUUGACUGUUUAUUGGAGAUAUUAUUAAGUUAUUGUAACACAAAGUGCACUUUACUGCCUCAGCCUUUGUGGAGGCAGAGUUUGUGUUGGUUUCAAAAAUAUAAAUGGAAAUUAUGAAGAUUUUAAAAUGUGACAAAUCAAGUUUUAUUGAAGUUAAAAGGGAACAAGAACAGACUGGAGCUCAUCACCUUUAAUCUUUCAUUUCCCCUUUUUUCAAGACUCAUCUUGACAGAAGUUUUAUUUAUUUCUCUGUGUUGAAUAAGAGGGUGAGGAAGCCGCUGUACUCGUACACAGUGGUACUUUUACACAGUGGUACUUGUACACAGCAUCGGGUGUAUUCCUGUUGGUGUCUGAGGAGAAGCAGUGAGGCCUGUUGGAGGAAUAAAAGAAUAUCACUUCACAGUC